CAGCUCAAGCGACAUGCCGCAAGUUUUGCUCCGUUGAAUGCCGAAAACGUUUCAUUGGAAGCUAAAACCCUCAGUAUUAAUGACCAUUAACUAUACCGUGGUUGACAAGAUAAUCUACAAUAGCUGUUAGCUUGGAUCACCAGAAAAGGAAUUCAGAACACUCAGCACUACCAUUUCCUUGCUUAAACCAUCCAUAAUUUUUGCACACAAUGAGUGGUUCUAACGGCAUCACUGUCCACCAGGAGGAUUCCGCACCCACUAUUGAAGGUUUCGUUCGAUCAAUCGAGGGUAUUGAUCGCGCAUCCUUCGGAUUUGACGGAGAGCGGAUUCAAGCGCUCCUGGCGGCAUAUGCAUUAGUCAGUCGCCUGGAGACAUCCUGGGAUACUGUUUCUCGCCUUGUUUUGACAGAGCCCGCACUAGGUGCUUCCUUGAAAGUCACAAAGGACCUAAAACUUUUCGACAAAUGGCAUGAGGCUGGCCUGAGAGAUCCUCAAACAAGCGUGCAACUGGCUGAAUUAGCCGGUUGUGACCACGUGCUUCUAAGCCGUAUACUACGUCACCUCACUGCCACCAACCUGCUCGAAGAAGUCUCGCCUGGCGCGUAUCAACAAACGGCAUUUACUGAAUCUCUGCUUGAACCGGUGUUUGGCGCAUGGGUAGAUUAUCUAUACGACGCUACACUGCCCUGCUUUCAUAAGAUGCCGAUAUACUUGGCUCAGAAUGGCUAUCAGAACCCCGCCGACCCCGAGAACGGCAUAUUCCAGUAUACCAAAGGCUACAAGGGGUCCUUGUUCAAUUACUAUGACGAGCAUCCGGUGGAAGGCGCUUCGUUCAACAACAUGAUGGGUGGAGUCAUGGCUAAACAGGCUGGCAUGCUCGACAUCUAUCCUUACGAGCUACUGACAGACUCAGAACCCGAUGAUUCAUCCAUACCGCUGCUAGUUGAUGUGGGCGGUAAUGUGGGCCAUGACAUCAACAAAUUUUUGGCCCGAGAACCAGCUCUGGCUUCCAGGUUGGUACUGCAGGAUCGUCCAGAUGUAGUGAAACUUGUAAAAUGUCCCUCUACUGUGCAUGUCAUGGCGCAUGACUUUUUUACACCACAACCUGUUAAGGGGGCCCGAGCUUAUUACCUGCAUGGCGUUAUCCACGACUGGUCGGACGACCCAGCGCGAGAAAUUCUUGGCCAUUUGCGUGAUGUGAUGACACCUGGUCAUAGUAGACUCUUGAUACAUGACCAUGUACUACCAGCGAAUCAUCCCCAUCCGCAAGCGACGGCGUACGAUCUAACAAUGAUGGUUAAGGUAUCCGCCUUCGAGCGCACGGAAGCAAUGUGGCAGGAUUUGUUGGAAGCAGUGGGCUUGCAAAUCGUCAAAAUUUGGGGAUCUCCAUUGGCAACCCAGAGUGUAAUCGAAGCCGAGCUGGCAUCAAUGGGUAAAUAGCCAGGGCAAACAUAUAGUGCGUUGCUGGCCUAGUAUCUUUUUGCGAUAGACAAGACUCAUCUCACGAAAUAUUUGCACUAAGUACUGAAAUAUCCGACAUCGAAAUUUCUGGCGAGAACAGAUCGUUGACUAUAGUUGCAGUUGAUAGUCAUUUUUAAGUUUUGUCCUUUCGUGGACUGUCAAUGUGUUGAUACAAC